GCGGAGGCGGGGAUCCCGCGGCUGCGGCGACGGCGGCCGCGGUGAAGCCACGGGUCUGGCUCGGUUCGGCGUGACGGUGGCCGCGGCGGCAGCGGUGGCGGCCACGACCAGGUCGGUGUCCCGAGCCGAGCAUGGUGACAGCCUGUGCCCUCGGCCCCCUCGCCUGGCGCAGCUGGAAGAGCCGCCAGCCCCGGGAGCCGAUGGCCCCCCACGUGAGGGAGUGAGCGACCUGGCCCCGCCCUACGGAUUGAGGGGGGACGCAGCAGCUGAGUGACCUGAGAUCAGGCUGCCGACCCCCUCCCACCAGUUGACGAAUGGUGGAACAAGCAACGAGGGACCCUUGUUAGGGUCGUGAAAUAAUGGUGGGAAGCAAAGCGUGAGCAUCCCCAGUGGUCACCUGUAACUCCUUGGCGGAAAUCGAAGCCUGAGUCCCCAAGCCCACCCCGCGGACCCUCCCGGCCCCCCACCUCGGGCUGAUGGGGCCACUGGGGCCCCAAGCAGCCACCUGACCAUCCAGACCCCACCCUGCCAGCCAUGGCUGGCCCUGAGGGCUUCCAAUACCGAGCGUUGUACCCAUUCCGCCGGGAGCGGCCGGAGGACCUGGAGCUGCUUCCGGGUGAUGUGCUGGUGGUGAGCAGGGCCGCCCUGCAGGCGCUGGGCGUGGCCGAGGGCAACGAGCGCUGCCCGCAGAGCGUCGGCUGGAUGCCUGGCCUCAACGAGCGUACCCGGCAACGCGGCGACUUCCCUGGCACCUAUGUGGAGUUCCUGGGGCCUGUGGCCCUGGCCCGGCCUGGCCCUCGCCCACGAGGCCCCCGCCCACUGCCCGCCAGGCCCCGAGACGGGCCCCCUGAGCCAGGCCUUACACUCCCUGACCUGCCCGAGCAGUUCUCCCCCCCUGAUGUGGCUCCCCCUAUCCUGGUGAAGCUGGUGGAGGCCAUUGAACGGACAGGGCUGGACAGCUACAGGCCUGAGCCACCCGCCGUGCGCACAGACUGGUCCCUGAGUGAUGUGGAGCAGUGGGAUGCAGCAGCCCUGUCAGAUGCUGUGAAAGGCUUCCUGCUGGCGCUGCCGGCGCCCCUCGUGACACCCGAGGCCGCGGCCGAGGCACACCGAGCCCUGCGGGAGGCUGCGGGGCCCGUGGGGCCGGCGCUGGAGCCCCCGACGCUGCCACUGCAUCAUGCGCUCACGCUGCGCUUCCUGCUCCAGCACCUGGGCCGGGUGGCCGGGCGCGCCCCAGCCCCGGGCCCCGCGGUCCGUGCCCUGGGCGCCACCUUCGGGCCGCUGCUGCUGCGCGCGCCGCCGCCGCCCUCUCCGCCGCCAGGGGGCGCGCCCGACGGGACCGAGCCCACCCCCGACUUUCCUGCGCUGCUGGUGGAGAAGCUGCUUCAGGAACAUCUGGAGGAGCAGGAGGUGGCCCCCCCAGCACUGCCACCAAAGCCCCCCAAGACAAAGCCAGCCCCCACAGGCCUGGCCAAUGGGGGCAGCCCGCCCUCCCUGCAGGAUGCCGAGUGGUACUGGGGUGACAUCUCUAGGGAGGAGGUAAACGAAAAACUGCGGGACACACCUGAUGGCACCUUCCUGGUUCGAGAUGCCUCCAGCAAGAUCCAGGGAGAGUACACGCUGACCCUCAGGAAAGGCGGAAACAAUAAGCUGAUCAAGGUCUUCCACCGAGACGGGCACUAUGGCUUCUCAGAGCCGCUCACCUUCUGCUCCGUCGUGGACCUCAUCACCCACUACCGCCAUGAGUCCCUGGCCCAGUACAAUGCCAAGCUGGACACACGGCUUCUCUACCCAGUGUCCAAGUACCAACAGGACCAGAUCGUCAAGGAGGACAGCGUGGAGGCGGUGGGUGCCCAGCUCAAGGUCUACCACCAGCAGUACCAGGACAAGAGCCGCGAGUACGACCAACUCUAUGAGGAGUAUACGCGCACCUCCCAGGAACUGCAGAUGAAGCGCACAGCCAUCGAAGCCUUCAAUGAGACCAUCAAGAUCUUUGAAGAGCAGGGCCAGACGCAGGAGAAGUGCAGCAAGGAAUAUCUGGAGCGCUUCCGACGUGAGGGCAAUGAGAAAGAAAUGCAGAGGAUCCUGCUAAACUCAGAGCGGCUCAAGUCCCGCAUUGCCGAGAUCCAUGAGAGCCGCACAAAGCUGGAGCAGGAGCUGCGGGCACAGGCCUCUGACAACCGGGAGAUCGACAAACGCAUGAACAGCCUCAAGCCAGACCUCAUGCAGCUGCGCAAGAUCCGAGACCAGUACCUGGUGUGGCUCACUCAGAAAGGUGCCCGGCAGAAGAAAAUCAACGAAUGGUUGGGGAUCAAGAACGAGACUGAGGACCAGUACUCACUGAUGGAGGACGAGGAUGACCUCCCCCACCACGAGGAACGCACAUGGUAUGUAGGCAAGAUCAACCGCACCCAAGCUGAGGAAAUGCUGAGUGGCAAGCGGGACGGUACCUUCCUCAUCCGUGAGAGCAGCCAGCGGGGUUGCUACGCCUGUUCUGUGGUGGUGGACGGCGAUACGAAGCACUGCGUCAUCUACCGCACGGCCACGGGCUUCGGCUUCGCGGAGCCCUACAACCUGUACGGGUCCCUGAAGGAGCUGGUGCUGCACUACCAGCAUGCCUCCCUGGUGCAGCACAACGACGCGCUCACCGUCACGCUCGCUCAUCCCGUGCGCGCCCCCGGCCCUGGGCCGCCGCCUGCGGCGCGCUGAGUGCGGAGCCGGAGCGCAGGCCGGAGCGGAGCCGCGCCUCACGCCCCCGGCCGGAGGCUGGGCUGGUACCGCGUCCGAGUCUGUCUUUCUGAUCCGUCUCUCUCCUUUGUGAAUCUCUCCAGGUGUAUCUGUUUCUCUCUCUCUUUCUGCAGUGCUGUCUCUGUCUUCCUCUGGGUCUGCCUCUCUCUCCAUCUUUCUGUCCCCCCGUCACUCUGUCUCUUGGCUCCAUCUGUCCGUCCUCGCUCUCUCCCCCUCCCCGUCUCUGUGUAUCCGUGCUGGGGGUCCCGCCUCCCCACCUCCACACCCCCUGUCCCCACAAUCACUGCCCUCCAACGGCUCUGGCACCCACAGCCUUGUGCCCUGUCCCCCAUCGGCCUCCGGGGGUCCCCAGAGCCCCAGCUGGCUGCACCUGCCGUGUUUACAGAGGCCCCUGGGCUGCGUGGCCCCCGCCAGGUGCCCCGAUUUUUAAGCCAUAGACCUGGGGUCAGGGCAGGAAGGAACUUCGCUUGGCCACUUCCAAAAACCUCAGCCGUGACGUCUGGGGCCAGGCGGGACCUGCCCCAUAGACCCCAACUUCCCCUUCAGACCCUGAAGUGAAACCCGGCCCUGGGUUGUCCCCACCAUGGGGCUGCUGCCAAGAAGUACCCCUGAAAAAGAAAGUAAUUAAAAAUAAACUCACAGGCUGACCCCAGGCCUCCCAGGAACUGAGGCCACCAGCACCUCUGGGGCAGCCAGCACAUAACGCUGCCCACAGCACCCUAGUCAACACAGACUCAAGGCUUCUUCUCCAUCAUGUUGGGCUCUGAUUUUAUUUUUCCUUAAGUAUACCUAAAGCCCUCUUUUCUCUCCUCUUUUGGGACAAGAGCCCUGAUUUUCUAUGCCACCCAUGGACCCCACCCCCCUUUUCCUGCCUGUCUGGCUAGGCUGGCAGGCGGGUUUUGUAUGGUACGUUGAUACUGAUACGGAUAUAAAACAUUGAACUCGA